GAAGACGGUCCUCUGCAACGGAUUCCGUUCCGAGAAUUUGAAAUUUAAAAAUUAAAAAAUGUUCCACUAAAAUAUUUUUAAAUUUUAAUCUGCAUUAAUCGAAACUCGAAAAUAUCAUCUGUGGUAUUUCGCAAGUUUAAAAUUGAAAGUUUUUUCAAUUUGUGAUAAUGUUGGGAAAGCAUUCAAAGUUAUUUUUUUUAAUUUCCAUCUGUGCUGUCAUUGUUGCUAUCGUGUUAGCUUCGUGGGGUUUCCCGAAAAUAGUAAAGCGGCAAGUUCAAAAGAAUGUACAAAUUGAUAAAUCAUCGAAGAUGUUCGAGAAAUGGCAAAAGCUGCCGAUGCCUCUUACAUUUAAGGUCUACAUAUUCAACAUUAGCAAUCCUGAGGAGGUCUUCGCAGGAGAAAAGCCGCGGCUACAAGAAAUUGGACCUUAUGUUUACAAAGAGUAUCGAGAGAAAACUGUCCUGGGAUACGGUGAGAAUGACACAGUGAAAUAUACGCUGAAGAAAUCGUUUGUGUUCGACGCACAGGCGUCCGGCACACUCAGCGAACAUGACGAACUCACUGUUAUCAAUCUUACCUAUAUGGGUGUUAUAUUGACUGUUAACGGUAUGUUGCCAGCAAUAUUGGGCUCCGUAAAUAAAGCGUUGGAGAUAUUCUUCGGCAAUCUGGCGGAUCCAUUCAUGAGGGUCAAAGUUAAGGAUUUAUUAUUCGACGGUACUUACCUCAAUUGUGACGCAGAUAACUCCGCAUUGAGUUUGGUCUGCGGAACAUUGAGAGCUAAGCGGCCAUCUACAAUGAGACUCGCUGACGACGGCAAAGGAUAUUAUUUCUCGAUGUUCGCUCAUUGGAACAAUACUCAAUUAGGACCAUUCGAUAUGGUCCGUGGUACAGAAAACGUGUACGAGUUGGGCCACAUCGUGUCGUACAAGGACAGGCGUACUAUGAAGGAGUGGGGCGAUCCCUACUGCGGCAUGAUUAACGGAUCCGACUCUUCUAUCUUCCCACCAAUCGAUGAAAACAACGUACCCGAAAAAUUAUACACUUACGACCCUGAUAUUUGCAGAUCUUUGGCUGUGGACCUCAUCGGCAAGAGAUCGAUCUUCAACAUGAGUGCGUACUACUACGAGCUAACUGAAACAGCGCUUGCUUCAAAGAGUGUCAAUCCAUCCAACAAAUGCUUCUGUAGAAAGAACUGGAGUGCAAGUCACGACGGAUGCUUGCUGAUGGGCGUUCUGAACCUGAUGCCGUGCCAAGGCGCGCCGGCGCUACUCUCUCUGCCGCACUUCUACCUCGCCUCGGAGGAGGCGCGGGAGUACGUCUAUCACGGAUUGUUCCCGGACAAGGAGAAGCAUAAGAGUUUCAUAUACUUAGAUCCGGUGACAGGAGUGGUGAUGAAGGGAGCGCAGCGCAUCCAGUUCAAUAUAGAAUUACGCAACAUGCCCAAUCUCCCGCAGCUGGCCAACGUGCGCACAGGAAUAUUCCCACUGUUAUGGUUCGAUGAGGGUGCAGAAAUAACAGAAGCUAUUCAAGAGGAAUUGAGACACUCUCAUACGUUACUAGGCUACGUGGAGACAGUGAGAUGGGCAAUAUUGGUGAUAGCUCUAAUAUCUGUGGUGAUAUCUGGUAUCGCGGUCGCCCGCUCCGGAGCCAUCCCCGCCUGUCGCAGGAAUAACAGCAUUAAUUUCAUCACACGACCCUCAAAGCCUACAGGAAUCAACAAACACUAACAUUUAAAUAAAAUCUAGAAGAGACACAUUAAUGAUCAAUUAUUUUCGAAAGUUAGUUAAAAAAACAGUGAUUAAAUUACGUCAGAAAUUGAAUGAAUUAGUAACACUUUGUUACCUACAACGGAUUAUUCCCAACCGUCACCCUGCUAUGUCCCCACGUGAGAAUAAAAAGGUUCAUUUGUCCCACUUUUUAGUUCCAAUAUUACGAAUAAGGUGACAGAUGGAACCGAUGUAAAAUAAAAUAAGUUCCAACCGUCCACUCGUUGCAAAAGGUGGGACGGAUGAAACUUUUUAUUUUAAUCUGUCGCCACGUGGGGACAGAGCGGGGUGACGGUUGGGAAUAAUCCCCAACAAGUGUCUUUUUGAUGUUAUUAUUCUAAGAAUAAGAGACUUUUCUAUAGUUAUUUUCGUUGUUAUUUCCACUCCAGUUUAAUCUUGCCUUGAAGUUUACGUAACUCUAAACUAAUAAGUACCUAUUUGUAGUAAACCAAAAUGUAUACGGUUAGGUGUUUAAACAUAGGACAAGAGUAAUUAAUACUUUAAGAUUGGUAUGUUUUGUUUUUUUACCAUGAUGUUGCACUACUGAUUAUUUUUUGUAAUAUGUCUCAAGUAUACAUGACUUUCAUUACUAAAUAAAAUUUCUUGUGUCCGACUUUAAAAAAAUGUAAUUCGGACCUUUAGAUAACAUGAACUAUUUAUUUAUGUAAAUAUAGAUUUUUGGAUCAGGGUAGAGUUCAAACUGUACUGUUAUGCUUGUUGAAAAGCUACCUAAGCACUUUGUGUG